AUGGGAUCACUGCAAAAGUUCAAUCCAGAUGACCUCUUCCUGUAUGCAGUGACAGACUCUGUGAUGAACAAGAAGUGGGGUCGUUCAAUAAAAGAUGCCGUGAAAGCUGCCAUUGAAGGUGGUGCUACCAUUGUCCAACUGAGAGAAAAAGACGCCAAUACACGGGAGUUCUUGGAAGCUGCCAAGGCUUGUGUGGAAAUCUGCAAGUCCAGUGGAGUGCCGCUACUGAUCAAUGACCGCAUAGAUGUUGCUCUGGUGUGCAACGCAAAUGGCGUCCAUGUUGGUCAAUCAGACAUGCCAGUAUGGGAAGUACGAGAGCUCCUAGGACCUGGAAAAAUCAUUGGCGUCUCAUGUAAAACCCCAGCCCAGGCCGAGCAAGCAUGGAAGGAUGGUGCAAAUUACAUCGGCUGUGGCGGUGUCUUCCCAACCUCAACGAAGGAGAACAAUCCCACCUUAGGGUUUGAGGGCUUGAGGGCAGUCUGCUUGGCUUCGAAGCUGCCUGUGGUGGCCAUCGGCGGCAUCAAUGCUGGAAAUGCAGGUUCGGUAAUGGAGCUUGGGUUCCCAAAUCUGAAAGGUGUGGCUGUGGUCUCUGCUCUGUUUGACCGGGAAUGUGUUGCUACUGAGACGAGAAACCUCAGAUCCAUCCUGAAGAAUGUUUGCUCCAGAUCUUAG